GUGCCUGUUACGGAAGGUGAACCCGUGGUUAUGGUGACUUUUUAGCGCAGAAGAAGAAGUAUCAGUUAGUUUCCUGUGGUAUGAGGAGUAACUGAGGAAAAUCUCUCUCCUCAGUUUGUGACAUGUGGGCAGCGGGUGGUCGUGUUGCUUCAUUGUUAAGGGCUGCUGUUGGUUCGGCUUCUCUCCGUCCUGUCGUGUGUCGGAGAAGGAGAAAGUUACCGGCUGAGAGUGUCAGACUGAUCCUGAACAGAGCAUGCGGCGUCACACAGCAGGGUACACAGUUUAUAGGUGAGUGAUGCUGCUUUCAGAGUCCGUGGGUUUUUUAAUCUACUAUGAUGGUAUUAUGGUUUAAUAAACAACGAGGACAGAGCACUGACUCCACGCUGUCUGAUUUUUGGCAGGUAUCUUGUAUCCUUUUCUCUCGCUCAUUGUGACCAAACAAGUGUCGUAUCGGCAUGGUGAACUUGAUCUUGUCCUGUACUAUAUAAUCCCUUUGUCUCAGUAGUUGUGAUUGUAACAGUACACAGGAUCACAUACAAUGUCUUUUAGACUGUUAAUGCCAUAUACCGUCCCAUUUUAAACAAGGGGCCCUGUUUACACGGAGGUUUACACAUGUUUUCAAAUAAUGUCAAAAUAUUAAUGUUAUGUUAGAGCCUUAAUUGAUGUCAUUUUUUAAUACUUUUCAUUCAAGUCUAAGUAAGCAACUUAAAGUAUUUUACAGAGAUUAAAAACAAAACAGCAAAAAUAAAAACAAAAAUAAAAUAAUGACAAAAAAUUGGACAAAUACAAAGAGGAAACGGGAUAGGUAGGGCAUAUUUCACACUAUUAGUAAUAAAAUACUGUAUAUGCAAUUUAAAGAGUAAAAGAAGAGCUAAAAAUAAACACAAAAAUCUAAUACAUUAAGCUUAAAAUGAUUUGGAAAAAAAAGGUAAGUAGUUAAAUGGCACUAAGCGUGCAAUAAAACAAGUAACUAAAUUAUCUUACAACAGUGUAGAAUGAACCAACAAAAUAACCUUAAAAUCUAAAUAUUACACCAAAUAAAUCUAAUUAAAUCUCCACAUAAAAGCCAGUCUAAACAAAGGUCUCAAUUUUACAUUUAAAAGUCUCAGUAUUCUCAAAAUUAUGGUUAAUGAUAACAUGUUUCACAUACAAAAGAAUGAUUUAUUCCUCCGGUAAAAUGUACAAUACAUUUCAUGCUUUUAUCCAGUGAACAAUGACCUUGGCUUUACAGUGUUGACUCUUUAAAGGCUUCUUCAUCCAUCUUGUUUGAAGAAAAGGAACAGAUCAUCUACAGCAUUCUUCAGGUUGCAGAUGUUAGCUGUCAUAUUUUAGACCCUGAACUCCAUCAUCAUUGUGUCAUCACAGUGAUCACCCUUAGGAUCACUCCAGAUUGAGCAUUUUAACACGUUUUUGUCCUUUUGGCAUUACCGUAGCUCACUGACCUGAAGAGGCCAGAAGUGGGAAUUGUGAGAGGUGAAGUCUUGUCUCACUAUGUUAUCUUCCUUCCAAGGGAAGCUGGAGCGAAACGGAGAGGCUAAGAAAUCAGUGGUGAGUCUGUCAAAUAUCAUCUGUUAACCAAGAUGCAACUGAAUUCAUUCUUCAAAUACGUACAUGCCUGAAAAUAAUUCACACUUUUCAGUGUUAUUACCAACACAAAAACUUAAGAUUCUAAUAACUAAAAUUUCUUUCUUCUAACAUUCAAAUUUCCUUUUUCUGUAUAAUUUCUGAGGAUCAGCCUGAUGAUAAUUGACUCUUUGUUGCUCUUUUCAGAUCUGUAUUGAGGGGAAUAUUGCCAGUGGAAAGACAACAUGUCUGAAAUAUUUCAGCGACACAAGCAAUAUAGAGGUACAAUAAAAAGUUUCUUCCACAGCCAGAGUGUGCCUAUUUACCCACCAGCAAUUACGCCAAGGCUGGACUUUGGCAUCAAAGUCUCACGAUAGAAAAAGCUAUCGUAAUGUUUUUUUUGUCUUUUUUUUACAUUCUUGUGUACUUUCCUCUUUUGCUCUGAAGUCCCAUUUCAGCCUCUUACUUGAUGAGGUCAAUAAAAUGCUUAAUAGUACUAAUUCAGUGAAUCCAGCAUUUCUCUUGUUUGUUCCAGGUCCUAACAGAGCCUGUCUCAAAGUGGAGGAAUGUCCAUGGACACAACCCUCUGGUACUGUACCUGACUGUGCUGUUACCAUUGUUUCCCUUUUCUAACCUGAGAUUAGAUGAUUUCAUCAGGUCAGGACCACAAAGUUCAUGCAGAAUUGUUUCUGUAGAUGUUUAAUAAAAACUGAACUGACUGCUUUCUCCUGACAUUUCAAAGCCUUUUGCACACAAAGCACGACAUUGAAGCCAACUACAAAAUUAUACGCUGGCUGCAAUGUGCCAGCCAGUUCAUCAGGAUCUGACACUUACCCCUGACAAGCCUAUGGACUCUUAGAUUGUGUUUUCUGUCCUCACAGUUUGCAACCUAAGCACACACAAACAUCGUUUACUCUGGCAAAAACAAAAAGAGAGAACUUUUUCUGAUCUCACACAUUUUGCUAAUAUCUGUCUGUAAAUCAUUAGCAGUUCAAUACCCUGCCCUAAAGACACUUAGACAUGUGGGCUGAAUGACAUGGGAUAGGGACAACUGCUGUACUUCCUUAGCUACAGCUGUCAUCAUAGCAGCUGCCCAAAGUCAAAGAGCCCUUUAAAACUAAGAAAUGAACUUAAGAUGUUGAGAACUUUGAGGUGACAUGUUUAAAUACCACUAAAGAAAGGACUGCAGAUGAUCUUUCAAGAUUCAGGUGAACUCACCCCUUGGGUUUGUGGCAAACUGUGAAUGUAUGAUGGCACUCAGAGAACAAACCAUCCUCCAAGGGUUGUGAGUUUUCAGGUUCAUCCCCCAGAAAUGUGUCCUGUGCUUUGUUGUGUAACUGUAGUUGAAUUGACCCCUUCUAGACCUUCCUGGGGGGUAUUUACUAAAUCAGGAUUAAAGGAAAGUCUGGCUGAUUUAAGUGAGAGUUAAGUUCCAUCAAUGUGGCUUACAGGAUUCCUUACUCAGUAACCAUGGUAACCUCUGAAGAAGUCUACUCUGGAGCAGGUUAACUGUCGAGCUUAGUUUAGCUGUGUGUCAAAAGAAGUCAGACAGGAAGAAUGCGAGAUGUCCAAUACAUGGUCAUGAAAAGUCAUCAGUGUCCCUGUUGUCAUGAGAUAAUGGUCCAUAGUAAUCUUGUCGCUGAUUUUAAACAUUACAUUCACUGUACAGGCCUACAAGUGUACAGAACAAUCAAGUUCUGAAAGAGGUCCUAAGUCUUAUGAACAUAGUUUAAAAUAGACAGCUGAUGUUAUUUGCAGUAUAGAUAAUAUGACCUAACAGUCUAUUGAUCUAACAUGUAAAUUCAUCAAUAAACUGGUCGGGGAAGUAAACUUAAUUCAAUACAAUCUAUACAUCUUAGCUGCCACUGUAUCCUAGGGGCACGUACAAAGCGAAACUCUGCUAGUCAGUCUUGAGUAAGUGUUGAUCAGAGGAGGCUGCAUCAUGUUUCUGGGACAACUGGAGGCUUAUUUGGGAGAUGGCGUUAGGGUAAACCUGGACUUCUCAGAUGAGCCUGGCUUUCUUAAUCUACUUUGAUGGAAUACCCUCCUGGACUUAGAGGAAAUGAGCUGUUUCUUUUUGUCCCCACAGGCUCUGAUGUACCAGGAUCCUGAGCGCUGGGGCCUAACAUUGCAGACAUAUGUCCAGCUCACCAUGCUGGAUAGACAUCUGUCAGCCAUUGUAAGUCUAUGUUAUCUCAAAGAGAUGUCUGUUUAUGAUAUACUGGCUCAUGUGGAGUUUUCUUACCUGCAGUGUUGACAAACAUGUCAGUUACUGUAGACCUCUUUAGCCCAUAUACAUGACAGGGGGAAUUUAGAGUGCCUGGUCUUUUUUCCAGUCGGCUCCUGUCAGGAUGAUGGAGCGCUCCAUCUUCAGCGCCAAGUACAUCUUUGUGGAGAAUCUCUUCAAAAGGUAUUUGUAUCUGUGGUUACAGAAGCUUUGAGACCAUUUACCGACCAGAUUAAAAGGUCAGAUCAAUCAUUUACUCAAAAAGGAAACAGUUUCAGCUUUACUCACUGGUAUGGUGGGUUCAAUCUCAUAACGACACUGCCAGUGGAUGAGCAGUAUUGGCAUACUUGCCAACUCUCCCAGUUCAUGUGGAAGACUCCCUUUUUUUUAACCCUGUCUCCCACAAUGCUUCAGGAAAGAAAAUUCUCCUGGCUAUCUCCUGAUUUAACUGUAAGGAAACAAGUAAGAUUGUUGGGGAUAUUAGUUGCAGCAUCUGGCUUCCCUCACUUGCAUGCACCCAUGACUCAGUCACUAGCUGGAGGUUGUGAUAAACCAAGUGGCGUUGAUACUGCCAUAAAUUAAGAAGAAGUCAUUCUCUGGUAGUUACUGUCUUCACUCAGUUCAGCGUUUGAACAGAGAUGGAUAGAGAAAGACUUCCUGUGCAUUAUCCAAGACUUGUUUACAGGCUAUAGCUAUGGCCUUGUUGAUGUAAUCUGUGUUAACAGUUUCCUGUUGUAUUUAUGCUAGUUUGAAUGUGCUUUCUUGUGUGUUCAAAUUCAGUUUUUUUCAUGGUAACAGCCACUUGAUCCUUUAGAUGGUCGCACAGACACACACUUUUUUCCUGAUAUGCAAUAAAUACUGCAUACUAAAUACAAAACCCAAUUCUAUUGAAGUUGGGAAAUUGUUAUAAACUUAAAUUAAAAACGUAAAUAAAAACAGAAAACAAUGAUUUGCAAAUCCUUUUCAACCUAUAUUCAAUUGAAUACACUACAAAGACAAGAUAUUUAAUGUUCAAACUCAUAAACUUUAUUUUUUUUUGCAAAUAAUAAUUAACUCAGAAUUUCAUGGCUGCAACACGUGCCAAAGUAGUUGGGACGGGUAUGUUUACCACUGUGCUACAUCACCUUUCCUUUUAACAACACUCAAUAAACAUUUGUGAACUGAGGGGACUAAUUGUUGAAGCUUUGAAGGUGGAAUUCUUUCCCAUUCUUGCUUGAUGUACAGCUUCAGUUGUUCAACAGUCCGGGGUCUCCGUUGUCACAUUUUACACGUCAUAAUGUGCCACACAUUUUCAAUGGGAGACAGGUCUGGACUGCAGGCAGGCCAGUCGAGUAACCAUACUCUUUUACUACGAAGCCAAGCUGUUGUAACACAUGUUGCCUUCACAGAUGUGUAAGUUACCCAUGCCUUGGGCACUAAUGUACCCCCAUACCAUCACAGAUGCUGGCUUUUGAACUUUGCGUGGAUAACAGUCCAGAUGGUUCUUUUCCUCUUUGGCCCGGAGGAUAUGACGUCCACUAUUUCCAAAAACAAUUUGAAAUGUGGACUCGUCAGACCAAAGAACACUUUUCCACUUUGCAUCAGUCCAUCUUAGGUGAACUUGGGCCCAGACAAGCCGGCGGUGUUUCUGGAUGUUGCUGAUAAAUGGCUUUCGCUUUGCAUAGUAGAGUUUUAACUUGCACUUACAGAUGUAGAGAUGAACUAUAUUUACUGACAGUGGUUUUCUGAAGUGUUCCUGAGCCCAUGUGGUGAUAUUCUUUACACAUUGAUGUCGGUUUUUGAUACAGUGCGGCCUGAGGAAUCAAAGGUCACGGGCAUUCAGUGUUGGUUUCCGGCUGUGCCACUUAUGUGCAGUGAUUUCUCCAGAUUCUCUGAACCUUUUGAUGAUAUUAUGGACCGUAGAAGUUGAAAGUCCUAAAUUCCUUGCAAUUGUGCUUUGAGAAACAUUGUUCUUAAACUGUUCGACUAUUUGCUCACGCAGUUGUUCACACAGUGGUGAACCUUGCCCCAUCCUUGCUUGUGAAUGACUGAGAAUUUUUGAGGAAGCUGCUUUUAUAUCCAGUCAUGGCACCCACCUGUUCCCAAUUCGCCUGCUCACCUGUGGGAUGUUCCAAAUAGGUGUUUGAUGAGCAUUCCUCAUUCCUCAUUCCUCAUUCCUCAAAUUUCUCAGUACUUUUUGCCACCUUUCCCAACUUCUUUGUCACGUGUUGCUGCCAUCAAAUUUUUAAGUUAAUGAUUAUUUGCAAAGAAAAAAUAAAGUUUUUGAGUUUGAACAUUAAAUAUCUUGUCUUUGCAGUGUAUUCAAGUGAAUAUAGGUUGAAAAGGAUUUGCAAAUCAUUGUAUUCUGUUUUUAUUUACAUUUAUCACAAUUUCCCAACUUCAAUGGAUUGGGUUUUGUACAUUGCAGUAUAACCAUCUUAUUAUUUAGCCUUCUGGUCCUAAUUUCAACAUUAAUACUGCUCAUUUUUUUGAUUGUCUUCAAUGGUAAACCGAAUCAUUUAUUGAAUAUCAAAGAAUCAUUUUCAGAACAAGGUUCAAGAUUUAAAAUACAAGGCAAGAAAUGAUGACAAUUUAUGUGCACACCUGACGAAAGAACCUUGUUCUUUGGGCCGAUACACUAAUGAAAAACAUCUCCGUAUUUUUCACGAUCCGAUGUCGGCAGGUAUGGUAUUGGCAUAAAUUAUAUUAUUAUUUAUCUAACUAUAGAGCCGCUGGCUGUUUAUAUUUUCAUGUUUUCUAUGAUGAUAGUAGCAAACUGAUGAGGCGAAUACUCUUGUUGUGUUGGUGACUGUAUUUGUAUUUUAACUAGUGGGAAAAUGCCAGAGGUGGACUAUGCAGUGCUCAGCGAGUGGUUUGACUGGAUCAUAACAAACAUUUACCUCCCGGUUGAUCUGAUUGGUAAGAAUACAGAGAACAUUUCAACACAUUAAAGCUCCUGUGAGGAAUUUUUGGUUUGUUAUCUUCUUCUCUACAUAUUUACAGUAUGUCGUGUCUUCUUCUCAUCCUGCUAACUUUUUUGUGUUUUUAUGUGAUAUAAAAAUCAACAAACAUGUUGCUGAUGGUCUUGUUUGCUCUUGUAUAUUUUAAAAAGGCAUAUGAUAUUCUGUCUGUUUAUUUGAUAUGGAGAAACUCUUCACAGGGGCCUAAGCAGAUGUGACAGCAAAGAUAAGAGAAAUGGCUGUUUUACACAGACACUCCUGUAGACAUAAAAAGCAUUCUAAUGAUGCUGUGAAUAUUGAUAGGACAUUUUAUCUAUUUUGAUGGUGAGAGCUUAUACCAGUCUGUCUGCUGUAGUUAUUUGAUGCGCUUAGUCUUGUAGAGCAGGAGGUCUACCACAAAGUGAGACUAGUCACUAUAGGGUAAACUGGAUCUUUAGAGCCUGGUCAGAUUAUAUUGUCUCCUCUACCUUGACUCGACUGGAUAUGUUAAAGCAUUAUAUCAUUAAAGAUAUUGCCAGGGUCAUUAAAAACAUCAAAGCUUGAAAUAUCCCAGAACAGCUGACACAAUCCUGCAUACAAGGAACUGCCCUCCUUUCAUAUUGAGCAGAGCAGCCGGCCACAGUGCUGAUGCAUGACUUAGAGGACAUCGGUGGAUGGAAACAUCAACUUAGGUUCAUAGACCUCAGAUUCAAUUGAGAAGAUAUCAAUCUUUUAAAAGUCAAGAUCACAUACAGUGCAUCUAAAAAGUGUUCAUACCACUUCACUUUUUCCACAUUUUGUUAUGUUACAGCCUUAUUCCAAAAUGGAUUCAAUUCCUUUUUUCCCUCAAAAAUUCUACACAAAAUACCCCAUAAUGACAAAGCUUUUUUUUUUAGAACAUUUUGCAAAUUUAUUAAAAAUAAGACACUCAAAUGUUGCAUAUACAUAUGUAUUCACACCCUUUGCUAUAAAACUCAAAAUUAAGCUCAGGGGCAUCCUGUUUCCACUGAUCAGCCUUGAAAUGUUCCUCCAACUUGAUUGCAGUCCACCUGUGGCAAAUUCAGCUGAUUGGACAUGAUUUGGAAAGCCACACCUGUCUAUAUAAGAUCCCACAGUUGACAGACCACGUCAGAGCACAAAGCAAGCCAUGAAGUCGAAAGAAUUGUCUGUAGACCUCUGAAACAGGGUUGUAUCGGCGCACAGAUCUGUGGAAGGUUACAGAAAAAUAUCUGCUGCAUUGAAGAUCCCAAAAAGCACAGUGGUCUCCAUCAUUAAGAAAUGGAAGACGUUUGGAACCACCAGGACUCUUCCUAGAGCUGGCCGCCCAGCCAAAAUGAGCAAGCGGGGGAGAAGGCCCUUGGUCACGGAGGUGACCAAGAACCCGAUGGUCACUCUGACAGAGCUCCAGCGUUCCUCUGAGGUGAUGGGAGAACCCUACAGAAGGACCACCAUCUUUGCAGCACUCCACCAGUCAUGCAUUUAUGGUAGAGUGGCCAGACAGAAGCCACUCCUCAGUAAAAAGCACAUGACAGCCCGCUUGGACUUUGCUAGAAGGCACCUGAAGGACUGAAAAUUCUCUGGUCUGAUGAAACGAAGAUUGAACUCUUUGGCCUGAAUGCCAAGCGUCAUGUCUGGAGGAUACCAGGCACUGUUUACCACCUCGCCAAUAUCAUGGAAGCAUGGUGGUGGCAGCAUCAUGCUGUGGGGAUGUUUUUCAGCGGCAGGAACUGGGAGACUUGUCAGGAUCGAGGGAAAAAUGAAUGCAGCUAAGUACAUCGAAAUCCUUGAUGAAAACCUGCUCCAGAGUGCUCGAGACCUGCGACAUUUGUCAUUAUGGGGUAUUUUGUGUAGAAUUUUUGAGGGACAAAGGGAAUAUAAUCCAUUUUGGAAAAAGGCUGUAACAUAACAAAAUGUGGAAAAAGUGAAGUGGUAUGAAUACUUUCCAGGUGCACUGUAUGUGCUUUCUAAUGUGCAUGGUAGACAUUUGAAUACUAGUUUCUUUAGUCUUGUAAAUCAGUGAAUUCAAACACUGAUUUCUAAGCCCUCUUUCUUUAUAAACAAGAUGAGUCUGACAAAAUCAUGAACAAAACAGAAUUCAGAUUAACAAAUGCUACUGCACAAUAUGUUUUCUAUGGUGGACCAACUCAGCAUCUUUUGACAACACUGCAGUACAAUCCUUUUAGCACUGGGGAUGAUGUCAGGGUAUCCACCACCAAGGCAUCCUAAUGAAAGCUACCCAUCCCCCUGCAGCUCCAGACAUCUAGCCACAAACCUAUAAAAAAAAGUCUCCUCUGUAUUUGACCAACAACUGUUUUAAAAGCUGCAGCUAUAGUCUGAUGUUUUUCUUUGGAUCCAGUGUACCUGCAGGCAUCUCCUCAGACCUGUCAUGAGAGGUUGAAGCAGAGAUGCAGAGAGGAGGAGAAAGUCAUUCCACUGGUGAGGGUGCUAUAUCAGACAAAACAAAUUGUCACCUAUGAGUACUUAUAAACUAUCAGUCAGCUUAGUAAAUACAGUAUUAAAGUAUGAAUAGUUGAUUUAAUGUGGACCAGUUAGCAAUUUUAAAAGAGACAUUGAUUUUCCUUGUGCGUGUGUGUGACUGCGUUAAUCAGGAGUAUCUAGAGUCCAUCCACCAGCUGUAUGAAGACUGGCUCAUCCAUCGUACCUCCUCCCCUCUUCCAGCUCCUGUUUUGGUGAGUGACCGUUGAUGUCAAGAGAUGUCAUAUAGAUACAGCCUUUCCUCAGUAUUCUGUCUGUGAUCAACAAAAGAGUACAACCUUAAUUUCAACUGCAACUGCAUGUGUUAAAAAAAUAAAAAUGCUCAUUUUUAAUUUGAUCACAGUGACUUGUUUAAUAGUCCCAAAACUUUUGGAAUUGGGUUGGUUUAUUUUUUCGUGGUAGAAGAAGUUAAACUGGAUAAAUAUGUGUUUGUAAAAUGUGUGUGGUGUGUCUGUUAAGGUGAUUCCUGCUGAUCAUGACCUGGAGGAGAUGCUGCACCAGUAUGAAGAAAACCGAGACAAAAUACUGGCUUCUUGCUGCCUCUGACACCCAUGCACACACACACUGUUACACUUUUGAAGAGGUCCAUGAAGUAGGUUUACAAACUAUGUUGCUUGACUGAUUUGUCAGUUUCUCAACAUUUCUACAACCACAAUUCUCAAGAUUUUUAGCUGUUUUACAAGUUAAAGGUGCAAUAUGUAGUUCUGAUAUCUAGUGUUGAAAAUGAGUACUGCAGUCCACAUUUAAAAUAUUGGUGAGGGCCUUCCUCUUUUCUUCAAAAUUGUCUAAAUUUUUGGACAAAAACCUAGUGAAAUAAGCUUUUCUUAAAUGUGUAGGAAGUUUCUUAGGAGAUAAAAACAUCUCAGUCCAUCAAAUCAGUAUUUGAAGGUAUAAGUCAAGCUGAUUCAUUCCAUUUUGUCAUUUUCUUACUGGUUUUUAGUUUUGAUUUGUAUUUAUUUUCAAACCGCAGUGUAACGCAGGCAAAGGUGGGGGGGGGGGGGGGUCUGUGUGAUCUCAGGCGCAAACUUGCUACUACUAGUUGGUGGGUACUCCGCGUGUGCUAGUGACAGAGUUCAGUUUGGAGAGAAAGAGGGCUGAAAUACAGUAGUUUCUCUGCAAAAAGGGAUAACUUGACAGCUAUGUAAAGGUGAAGCAUCAAUGGACUUUAUAAUAGGGGUUAUUUUAUUGACCAAAUGUUUAAAGAAGACCAUGACACGUCAAAAUGUUUCUCUGUGAAUCCUCCUCAGGAAGGACUCUGUUUCCUCUGUACUACUACUAUUAAAUAACGAUUGGUUGUGAUCUUAACUGGC